AUGUACGUUAUUUUAGCGAUAGUGACAGUGGUGCUUACCCACCCCGCAAGUGGUGGUGAGCUAACACAAGAAGAAGCCCAGACUUUCUUACGAUUUCACGGGUAUUUUCAUAAUAAUGAAUCAGCAGACGUCCAGAACCUAGAAUCAUUGGCUGAUGGUUUAAGCGAGUUUCAGGCUAUAUAUAAUCUACCAGAGGAUGGAACAUUGAACCCCCAAACCGUUUCUUUUAUACAGAGGUAUUGGUGUGGAACUUCUGAUAAUUACUAUACCCUUCACAAUAGCAAACAAGGAAAAUGGAAUACUAAUAUUCUAAAGUGGACAGUUUACCCUCCAUCAACCGCAUAUCUUCCACAUAGACAAAAAUAUGUAGGAAUAACGAGACAGGCUUUCGAAAUGUGGUCUGCCAAUAGCAAUUUGCAGUUUGAGUAUGUUAACCCGUACUCGAAAAAAAAUAUUUCUGUAAAUAUAGUGAUUUCAUUUACGGAAGCAAACCAUACGUUCCGAAGAAUUAAUAAUAGGGAUUGGUGCCCAUUUCCAACAGGAGGAAUGAUACUGGGGCAUGCCUAUUUCCCCGAUUUAAUGUCCACGACCGAGGAAGUUCACAUACAAAAAAGUUUAAGUUGGUAUUUGGAUGAGGAACCGGUCCCGGAAGGCGCUACAAGUCUGUUGAGAGUUUUAACACAUGAAAUAGGUCACGUCCUUGGUAUAGCGCAUUCUGCAAACUACGAAUCUAUAAUGUACCCGUCUUUGGUGUUUGAAAACACAACGAAACUAUCGCAAGAUGAUAUAUUGGCAAUUCAAGAGUUAUACGGUUCCAAACCGGUAGUGACAACGGCUAGAACCACGGUGAGAACCAUGAAGACAACAAAAACGAUGCCUACGACAACCACGAAGACAACGACGACUAUCCCAACGCCGAACACGCAAGGAAUCAAUUUAAAAGUUCCCAAAUUAUGUGAUUUAAAUUCUAAGAUGUCAAAUACCUCGUUUCUAAUUGUGAAUAAUAAACUUUACUUGUUUUAUAAAAAGUACGUGUGGAUGUUAAAUUUAAACACUAGGGAAAUUCAAGAUACACCGCUUGUAAUAACUGAUUGGUUAACAUUUUUACAUACACCUUUUGAAAAAAUAUCGGGUAUUUAUCAAAAACCAGAUAACGAAAUUGUAUUAUUCAGUGAAAGUAUGGUUUAUAUUUUCGAAUACGCCUCGUUUAGGUUGCUUAAACGCGAGCAUUAUAAUGUUCUUAUGCAGAAUUAUCCAGCCAUACGAGGGGUCGUCAAUUCGUACCGUGGUAAAACGUACUGGUUUUUCGAUAAUAAUAUGUUUAGCGAAAUUGAUGAUUGUCGGUUUUUACCUAAAAGCACCGCUCUCAUAACUGAGCAAUUUACAGGAGUGCCUAGUAAAAUAGACUCUGUAUUUCGCUCAUUCUAUUGUAAACCAUUGUCUUGUUCACAUCGCUCUCAUCAUCAAAUCGUUAUGGAUAAAUCAAGUGUAUUAGAACCAAUAAUUAAUGUAGCAUUAAACAUUUCCGAGAACCUGGCAGAAAAGCAAAUUAUUUUCCAAAGUACAAACAAGGAGAAGAAGAAGAUUCAAAUGUCAUAUGAAGGUUUUUCAACGUUUCUGGACUUUGUUGAUGAAAACGUUAAUAGUGGUUGGUGUGAUAAAUCUAUAGAAAUUGAUGGGCAUUUAAACAUAACUUAUGCUUUUGAAGAAGAAGUGAAAGUGCUGAUAAUUCAAGAUAGGAAAUGGAAAACUUAUAUUGAUUGGGAAGAUGAAUAUGAGAGAAAUGUGGAACAUAAAUACACAGUGAAAUGA